UCUGUUGCUAGCAAGAUAGCUCGGGAGUCAAAGACACUUCUUCACCAUUCCGGUUCGAAGCCCUUUUCGUAUAGGCUUGAGGCACAACGUUAGGAGGGUUCUAAGUUCCCAGAGAUCGACAUGUUCGAGGACGUUUACGUUUGACCUGGAGAUGCGAACACUGAGCAUCUUCAUGCUCUUAUGGUGGAAAAGCACACUGCUGUUAUCCAAGAAGCAACAUCGCAGCUUCCCCCGGAGACCCCGAUUGAGGACGUCACGGUACCUGAGGAUGCAGGUUUUCAGAUCCUGACUGAUGUCUUGGAUCAGAACCUCGGUCGUCGUCACGGCAAGGUUGUUCGGUGCAUGGGGAAAGCACGAGUUCAUGAGACUGGUGCCUCUUCUUCCAGAUCGAACACUGCAGAGGUCGAUUCAUUAAAGGAGCAAGUGACAACCCUAAAGGGUCAGUUUGAGGUCCAGGGCGAGCAGAUGAGGGAACAGAUAAGGGCCCAAGGCGAGCAGCUACAGGCCUAUGCUGGCCACAUGAGAGACCUUGUACGAGCCAUACAGAUGACUAGCCUCCAAAUCUCGCUACUAGUACUUGAUCUUGCUACACCUUCGACUUUCGAGCCACUUCACCCUGUUGAUACCCAAUAGCCAUUUCACCAAGAAGAUUACUUGUAGUUUUUUCUUUUUU